AUGGGGUGUAAAUGCUCUAAGCUGAAAGAAAAAAAAAGAAAAAAUGAAAAAACGUCAAAAUGGAAUGAAGAAAACGAAGACAGCGAAAACGAUGAUGACAAUAAUCGUGAAUUAAAUAUAUAUAAAACUAAUGUAAAUGGUAAUAUUCCAAAAAAUAAACAGAAAGUUUAUGAUAAUGAUAUAUUAAAUGUAGUAACUAAUGAUAAGCCCUUAAAAAAAUUAAGUAUAAAUAAUAGAAAUUCAAAUAACUACAAUAACAUAAACAAAUUGGAAAUAAAUAAUAAAACAGUGAAAAAUCAAAAAAAAAAAAAAUCAAGUGCUACCUCAUUAUUUUUUAAAGAGAAUAAAACUAUGUCCAAAAAUGAAUUAAUAAAACCAAAUUUUGAAAAGGAAAUAAAUGGAAAACAAUCUAAAAAACAAAGUUUAAAAAAAAAAAACGAUGUUAACAACAAUGAUGAUGAUAAAGAUGGUUAUACCACAUAUGAAAAAAACUCUUAUACGGGAAUUAUAAGAAUUAUUAAUAAUGCCUUUUCAAAAAAACGGUUAACAAACAAAAAUAAUGAUACUGUUUCGAUGGUAAAAAUGAAAAAAAAAGAAUUUUUAAAAAAUGACAAAAAAAAAAAAUAUAUAUUAUAUAAAAAUGGACAAGACAUACCUAUUAAUAAUAAUCACCAAUUUGAUGGGAAUAAAAAUCCGAAUGAUUUUAAUAUAAACACAAAUUUAGGCGAUUAUUAUGAUCAUAACAAUUUACGAAAACCAGAAGGAAAUGUAAUACGAGGAAUGAGUAAAGAUAAAGAUUUAUUAUUAUAUUAUCAUGAUUUUAAAAGUUCUAAAUUAAAAAAAAAUACAUUUUUACAUAUAUAUGAAUUCUAUAAAUAUAACUAUAACAGUUUCAAUAUGUUAUCAUUAAUGCCUAGCCAUAUUAGUAAUGAUAUUUAUGCUUCAAAAAUACUUUUUGAAAGUUCUCUAAUUGGAAAAUAUAUAAUAUUGCCUUGGGUUGAAAAUGAUCCAGAUAUAAAAAAUAAUCUUUAUGUAAAAUAUGUUAAAUUAUUUACCGAAAAUAAUAAUAGAUUAAAUAAUUUCGGUUUUAAUAUGUAUGAACAAGACAGGGAAUUGAACUUUUGUGGAAUUUUUAACUAUAACCUUAGCCAUGAUGAAGUAGACAGUGGAAAUCAUAACAUGAAUGUAAAACAGGUUAAUUCAAACAAAAUAUGUGUUAAUAGUUCCAUUAUCAAUAAUAGAAAAAAAGAACUAAAUUAUUCAAGGAAACAAAAAGAAAAUCAUAAAAAAAAAAAUUUACGAAAAAAAAAAUAUACUAAUAGCAGAAAUUUUAGUAUGGACAAUAUAUUUAAAUUGUAUUAUACAAUACCCAUCGAAUAUGCUAAAGAUUCGCGAUUGAAAAGGGGAAAUAAAAGAAACACACCAAUAAAAGAUAUUGAUGAACAGAAAAAAAAAAUGAAAAAAAAAAAUGACGAAAUCAGUAAAUAUAAUAUUAUUAAAAAAACAAAUAAAAAAGACACAAAUGGUAAAAUCGUGCCAAAGGAAAAAAAUAUCAAGUUAGAAAAAGAAUAUAAAACAGAAAAAGAUAAAAUAAUAAUAGAUAACAAUACAACAGUUCAUUAUAAAGAUAAACGACGGAAUACACGUCGACCUGAAAAACAGAAAACUGAGUUAACGAAUAAAACGGAGUUACCCACUACAAUAAAUGUGAAAAGUGCGAAAGGAGGAAAAAAUAUUAAUGAGAAUGAUAUACUAAAGCAUAAAUCUAAGAAUAUGAACCAGCAUUCCACAUUUUCUCCUCAAAUUGGUAAAGAUUAUAUAUCUAAAAAACUAAAAAUUUAUAAAAAUAAAGAAGAUUGCGUUAAAGAAAAUAAAGCUAAAAAAAAUUGUAGAAUUGAUAUAACAAAGAAUGAAUUAAGUUCAAAAAUUUUGAUAAAAAAAAAAACAAAAAAAACAAAUCGUGAAUAUGAUAAAGAUCAAAAUAAGGACACUCCUUUUGAAAUAAAAAUUGAUAAUAAUCGUAUUAUUUUAAAAAAACACGAUGAAUGUAAAAAAAUGACUAUAGAUAAAAAGGCGAAAAUACAAAUGGAAGGGAAACACCUGAUGGAGUACUGUAAUAGCCCUUCUUCAGGAAAAAAAAAGGAAAACGAGAAAAAGAAGAAAAAAAAGAUAGACAAAAAGGGCGAUAAACAAAAAAGGGAAAAGAAAAAAAAUCUUUUAGAUGAUAAACAACUAGGGGAUAAUAUUUUAAGCUCAAUGAAUAACAAAGGAGAUAAAAAUGAGCAAUAUUUAAAUAUAAAAGAAAAGGGAACAAAUAAUAUACAAAAUAAUAAUGUGGAAAAUGGACAAAUAAAUUGUCACCAUAUAUAUAAAUUAAAUGACAAUUGCUUAAAAAAAAAUUACGUAGUAUGUAAAGUAUGCUAUAAAAAAAGAUGCAUAUUUCAUUAUGUUAAUGGGUUUCAAUUAUAUGGAUGGUUAAAUUUUAAGUGGACUGAUCCUGAUGGUUUUUUAGAAUUAAGUGUAAGACAAAAAAAAAAGUUUUAUGCCUGGAAAAGAUUAUCAGAUUUAUAUAUUAAUCCAAUUGUUAUGUCACAAAAUUUAUAUAAUAAUUGUAUAAGACAGGGAUUUGUUGCAGAUUGUUCAUUUUUAUCAUCAUUAACAGUUUUAAUAGAAUAUGAAAAAAAGCAUAAUGUUCCCGUUUUAUCGAGUAUUAUAUCGCCAUAUAUAUCUGAUUAUACACAUGAAAAUAAAAACUGGCCAAUUUUUAAUCCUAGUGGUAUGUAUAUAUGUAGAUUAAAUUGUAAUGGAAUACAAAGAAAAAUUAUUAUUGAUGAUUACGUACCAGUAAAAAGUAAUAAUUCAUUAUUAGUUGCAUAUUCAAAUAAUGAAAAAGAACUAUGGGUUACAUUACUAGAAAAAGCUUUUGUUAAACUAAUGGGAGGAUCUUAUUCUAUGUUUGGUUCAAAUCCAGGCUCAGAUUUAUAUUAUUUAACAGGAUGGAUUCCAGUUACCAUUUCGUUAAAAUCAAAAAUAAGUAGCUCGCCUCCAUCCGCUGAAUGUGUUACUACUCAUUCGGCGAUACAAAAAAAUUUUAUUAUAAACGAUAAAAAAUAUGAAAAUUAUAUGAAGAAAGAAAUGAUGCAUUUUGUUCAAGAAAAGUGCGAGAAUAAAAUGUUCAAAGAUAUUUAUGAUAAUCAUAAUGACAAAAGAAAUAAGAUGAAAAAUACACUAAGUCGAUAUGCAAUAAAGGAUUAUGGUAAAAAUAAAAAAAAUAAUUUUCUUUUUUUAUCUAAAACAGUAAAGAAUACAUCAAACAAGCUGGAUAAGUUUACAUAUGUUGUUAUUAAGUCUAGAAACUUAAGCAUACAUCGAUUAUUCUUAAAUGGUAAUUAUACUUUAUCCAGUAGGUGGGAUUAUUAUAAUAAGUUGAAAAAUUAUUGGCAUUUUAGAAAUAUAUACAUGAAAUGUAAAAGAAGACAAGUGCGAGUUGCAAAAUUAUUUAAUAGAGAUAUAGAAAUUAUGGGGUAUACAAAUAAUUGUGAAGGCUUAAUAAGAAAUGGAAUUGUAACUAAUCAAAAUGUUGAAAUAAACAAAUUCGAACAAAAAAAAAUUAGGGGUGAGCACAUUAGAAAAAAAACCGUGUCAAAUAAAAAAAAAGCAGAUUAUGAAGUAAAAAAAAAAAGAAGAAAACAAUUUUUAUGCAGUGAAGUCAGCAAAAUGGACAUGUCAACGUAUGUUUGCGGAUCAGGAGAUCAUUAUGAUUAUAUUAGCAACGAAGAAAAUUUAAUUAUGAGAGCAGAUAAAGAGGACGAAGAACCCUAUGAUGAAAAAUGGGAUGAUGUUUGGGAUAAUAUGUAUGAUGGCAUAAAAAAAGGAAAAUGUGUAGUGUGCUUAGGUACAUUAGAAUUGCCGGACGCAGCACCAUCGGGUUUAGAAUAUCCUGAAGGAGUAUCGAUUUCAACAGGAAUUGUAACAAAACAUGCUUAUUCUAUUUUAAAUAUUGAAAGCUAUAAAGGAGAUAAAUUAUUAUAUAUAAAAAACCCAUGGGGAUGUAUUAGAUGGAAAGGAAAAUAUUCACAUCAUGAUGACGAAACUUGGACAAAAAAAUUACAAAAAAAAUUAAAUUAUUCACUUGAAAAAGCUAAAAAUAAAGAUGAUGGAUGCUUUUGGAUUCAAUGGAAAGAUGUUGUCAAAUAUUUCUCACAUAUAUAUAUAUGUUGGAAUAGUAUUAUAUUUCCUUAUCAAUUUGAAAUUCAUACAAAAUGGGAAAAUAGUUCAUUUAUAAAUAAUUCAAUAUUGUUAGAUGAUACUCAUUUAGUAGCAUAUAACCCUCAAUUUUCUUUACGUAUUAAUGUAAAAAAAGAAGAUUUAUCCGAAGAUGGUAUGUAUUAUAUAGGGAAAAAACCGAUAGAAGUUUGGAUUCUUUUAUCACGACAUGUUAGAGAUAGAAAAACAGAUGUUUCCCAAAAAUACUUAGCAUUACAUAUUCAUGCAGGAAAGGAUAGAAUUGUUUGUCCAUUAUUUCCAAUAAAACAAGGAAUAUAUUCGAAUGGGGAAUGUACUUUUACAAAGCUAGUAAUUGGCGGUGAAGAAAAUAUUGCACAAAAAGGAAAAUCAGAUAAAUCGAAAGUUGAUAAUAAUAAAAAAGAAAAUUUGGCAAAACGUUCUAAUGAAACAGAAGAGUGCCAAGAUAAUGAACAAGAAACUCUUCGAAAUGUAGAUUUUGUCUUAAUAGUUUCACAAUAUUCACAAAAAGACGAAUUUAAUUUUACACUAAAAGUAUUCAGCCACACACAUUUAUCAAUAUAUGAAUUGCCACAAUUGCUAACAGAUAGUUACGAGUCGCUUUAUUUUAAAGGGGAAUGGGAUACUAAAUGUGCUGGAGGAUGUUCAAAUAAUUUAUGGUCAUAUUUUAGAAAUCCACAUAUUCGGUUUUAUGUUCCUGAGCAUUCUGUUUUUUAUAUAUUUUUAGAGUGUUCCCAAGAGCAUUCUGUUAACUUGAGAAUAUUUAAGGGUUUAACAUCAUCACCUAGAAGUUUAAAAAAGGGAGAAAUAAUAUCUAGUGGUGCAUAUAAAUCUGGAUGUUGUUAUAUUGAGUGCACAUUAGAAAGUGGUACAUAUUGUUUAAUCCCAUCAUUAUAUAGAGCAGAUGUUGUAGCAAAUUAUCAAAUAUGUGUUCAUUAUCCUAAUACUAUUAAAAAAAGACCGGCUUUAUAUUUAAUUCCCUAUUCUUAUAUUACACCCCCAUUUUCAAUUUUUAAAUAUAAAUUAAUUAGUUUAUAUUCUUUAAAAAAUUAUUCAAUUAUUCUAUUUAAUACUAUGGAUGUUACAUUAUUAUCAUUAAAAGUUACAAUGUUUCAAAAUAUAGACAUUAAAGGAAUUCCAUUUGUUAAUAUAUAUAAAUUAGUGGAUAAAAAACAAGAUAAUGCUAUAUCUGAUAUAGAAUCUAGCAAUAUUUUUAAAAAUAAUUAUUUUAAUCUUUUUAUAACACAUAAUGGUUCAGUUUAUAAAAUUAUACAAAAAUGUAAUAUGCAUGGUGGCCCAAAUAAUGAUAUAUUACCACUAUCUACAUGUGGUUAUGAUUAUUAUAUUAAAUUUAAUUCCAUAUUAAUUCCUCUAACUGAAUUAGAAGCUAACUCUUCUUAUUUAUUACUCAUCACAACUAAUAUAAAAGAAGAUAUUCUUUACAAUCAUGAAACUCAUUUUGUAUCAGACAAAUUAAUCAGUUUCAAUGAAAAAGGCAUGCAUAUCAAUAGGAGGUAA